AUGCGCUUCUGGCGGACAUCCCCGCCGCCUCCGCCGCUCCCGCCGACCAUCCUCGAGCUGUACCUGGCGCACCGCCCGGACGCCGCGCUGGAGCCUUCGACCUUCGCCUCGCGCCGCGUCGCGCUGCCGGCCCAGACCCCGACCCAGGCCCUGGUCAAGACGCUCUACUUGUCGUGCGACCCGGCCAUGCGCGUGUGGCUCAGCCCGGCCCGCUCGUACAUGCCGCCGGUCCCGGAGGGCGCGCGUAUGCGCGCCUUCGGCGUGGGCGAGGUCGUGCGCCCCGGCCCGGCCCUGCGCGUCGGCGACCUCGUCGAGGGCAUGCUGGGCUGGGGCGAGUACGCCGCCCUCGAGGAGGACAAGCUCAAGCGCGUCGCAGUCCCCAGGGGCCUGCCGCCCUCCGUCAUGCUCGGCGUGCUCGGCAUCACCGGCCUCACGGCCUACUUCGGCCUGCUCCAGGUCGGCGCCCUCAAGCGCGGCGAGACGGUCGUCGUGUCCGCGGCCGCGGGUGCCACGGGGAGCGUCGUGUGCCAGAUCGCGAAGAACGUGUACGGAUGUCGCGUGGUCGGCAUCGCUGGGGGGACCGUCAAGUGCCGCUAUUUGGAGGACGUGUUGGGCGUCGCUGCCGUAGACUAUAAGAGCGAGGAGGGCGUGGACGCCGGGCUGAAGCGCGUGCUCGGGAAGAGCCGCAUCGACGUGUACUUCGAUAACGUCGGCGGGAAGACGCUUGAGGCCGCGCUGCGCAGGAUCGCGCAGGGGGCGAGGAUCGUCGUGUGCGGCGCCAUCAGCGGGUAUAAUAAGAAGGAGCUUCAGCCCGGGCCGUAUAAUUACGUCAACUUGAUCUCGUAUGGGGCGACGAUGAGGGGCUUUUUGCUGCGCGAGUUUGAAAAGGAGUUUGACAGAGCUAAGGCAGAUCUGUCGAGGUGGAUCAGGGAGGGCAAGGUUGAUUUCAGGGAGGAUGUGGUAAAUGGGCUGGAGAACGCUCCGGAGGGGAUGAAGAGACUGUUCGAGGGGAAGAACAUCGGCAAGGUCGUGAUUCGUGUCGCCGAGGGAGGCACCGGUGUCCAAGCAAAGCUCUAGAGAGAGAGAGAGAGAGAGAGAGAGAGAGAGAGAGAGAGAGAGAGAGAAAGAAAAAGAGAGAAAGAAAAAGAGAGAAGGUACGGGUACGGCACAAGCUGCACGCCAGCAGCGGCGGUUGUGUCGAGAUGGCAAGCAAGAUGGUCGCGGCAUGAAUAAUUGGAAACACAGAUGAUGUCAAAUUCUAAAAUCUCCGCCCAUCACCCU